AUCCUGUCUUUAGGUGCUGGCUUUGACUCCUUAUACUUCCGGUUGAAGGACAUGGGUCUUCUGCAUCACACUGUGGUAUAUGAGGUGGAUUUCCCAAAUGUGGCACGCCAAAAAGCUACUCUGAUCAAAAGAAUGGAAGAGUUGUCAGCACUGGUGGGAGACACUGGAGGGGAAGGAUCAGGCGACAUUACCUGUUCUGGAGAGGAUUAUAGAUUACUGGGAGUGGAUUUAUCGGAGCUGUCUGAGCUGGAGAGGGCCCUGAAGGAAGCAGGACUGGACACUGACGUCCCCACCCUUUUCAUAGCAGAGGUGGUGCUCACCUACAUGGACAAUAGCAGGUCAGACGCCUUGAUUCGAUGGGGAGCGGAGCGUUUCUCUCAGGCGUGCUUUCUGCUGUAUGAGCAGAUGCACCCGGGGGACCCCUUUGGGCAUGUCAUGCAGCAGCACUUCAGCCAGCUGAACUCUGCGCUUCGGUCUUUGGCACAGUACCCGGAUUGUGAGGCACAGCAGAGGCGCUUUCUGGAAAAGGGCUGGACUGAGUGCAGUGUGAUGGAUAUGAAUGAGUUUUUCACCUGUUGUACUCCAGAAGAUGAGCAGCAAAGAGUGCAGGCUCUGGAGCCUUUUGAUGAAUACGAGGAAUGGCAUCUGAAGUGUUCUCAUUACUUUGUCCUGACUGCAUCAAAGGGCAUGGAACCUCCCUGGACUCCCUUGUUACCCAGUAUGACAGUCCCUCGCCGUGGUCCGGUCAGGAUGGCUGGGAGCAUCCCUGCAGCAGCGUGUGCAGCACACUCUGGCAGUGCCGGCCUGAGGCGUUAUGGUCACCGCUCUGUUCUUAUCAAACCCAACGUGAUCCUCACCACCGGAGGCUUUGGGGAGGAGCACGGACAGCACUGCCGUAUGAGAAGUUUUCACAUGCUAAUUAAGCACGCGGGCUACUGGAGAGCUGGCUGUGUGAAAAAGGAAAGUCCCGAUCAGAGAUGGGGUGAGCGGUUGUACCAUACUGUGUCAUGUCUCUCGAACAGUCUGGCCCUGGUGGUAGGAGGACGAACAUCCCCAUCAAGAGCAGGCUUGGGAAUGUUGCAGCUGAGGUUCCCAGAAAGCUGUGGUGCCUUGGACCCAGAUGACGUUACAGUGGAGGGUGUGAGUCCGCCGCCUGCUGCUGGACCACUUCCCUUCUAUGCAAACAGACAUUUUUGGUUUUGUGACAUACCAAAUCCUAACUUCUCUUUUCACCUGGUUGUCUUUUCCAUAGGCGAGAAGUAUCUGUUCCUGUAUGGUGGCCGCUCUGCUAUGGAGCCUGUGCUAGGGGAUUGGUAUUUCCUGCACACUCCAGAACUUUCCUGCACUGCGAUUCCCGUUGAGGGUCCGGUACCAGAAAGCCGUCACUCUCACAGUGCGUGUGGCUGGAAAGGAGGAGUGCUGGUUGCAGGAGGUCUGGGAGCAGCUGAGCAGCCCUUAGGUUCAGUUUUCUUUCUGAGGGAGGUCGAGCGCGGCUUUCAGUGGCAGACGGUGGAGACGCACCCACCUCUCAUCCCCAGGUAUUCACAUACUGCACAUGUGCACAAUGAAAAGCUGCUGCUUGUUGGUGGAGUGUGGUUUCACUCACCCUCUGUGCCAGGCGUCACCGUUGUUGACUUAAUGACCGGCCUCAGCUUGGACUACGCGAUCGAUGUG